CUUCAUUUAUAGUCCAGUGUCCCGUAAUGGAAAAACAAUAUCCUUUUAGUUAACGGUUUUCAUGCGCUUUCCGACCAGUGAACACGAAAUGCUCCGUCGUGCUUCCCUCUUCACCCUCUCUAAAACCACCACCUUACAACACCUCCGCCACUUAAAAACCCUAACCUCCUCCACCCAAACCAACAACGAAAAGGACGCCUACUUCGCCCUAAUCCACCACAUAACAAACGUAGUCCGCCGCGAUUUCUACCCAGAACGCACUCUCAACCGCCUCCACAUCCAAGUCAACUCCGAGCUCGUCUACCGCGUCCUCCGCGCCUGCUCCGCCUCCCCCUCCGAGUCUCUCCGCUUCUUCAACUGGUCACGCGCCUAUUACACCCCAACCUCCCUCGAAUACGAAGAGCUCAUCAAAACCCUAGUUAAAUCAAAACGCUACACUUCAAUGUGGAAGCUGAUCACCCAGUUGAAAACUCAUAAUCCCCAAUUUACCCUUUCCGGUGAAACGGUGUGUUUUAUUAUCGAAGAGUACGGUAAACACGGCUUAAUUGAUCAAGCUGUUGAGGUUUUUAAUAGAUGUAACGGCUUAAACUGUGAUCAGACUGUUGAUGUUUAUAAUUCAUUGCUUUUUGCUCUCUGUGAAGUGAAAUUAUUUCAUGGUGCUUAUGCUUUAGUUAGGAGAUUGAUUAGGAAAGGUUUAGUUCCUAAUAAGAACACUUAUGGUGUGCUUGUUAAUGGGUGGUGCUCGAACGGGAAGUUUAGUGAAGCUCGGGUUUUUUUAGAGGAGAUGAGUAAAAACGGGUUUAAUCCGCCUGUUCGAGGUCGGGAUUUGUUGAUUGAAGGGUUGGUUAAUGCGGGGUGUUUUGAGUCUGCUAAAGAAAUGGUAUCGAAAAUGAGUACCGAGGGUUGCGUACCAGAUGUUCAUACGUUUAAUGCGUUGAUUGAAUCGAUUUGUAAUUCUACUGGGGAGGUUGAUUUUUGCGUUGAUGUGUAUUAUAAUUUGUGUAAAUGUGGAUUUGCUGCUGAUAUUAAUACUUAUAAGAUUUUGAUUCCGGCUGUUUCGAAAGUUGGGAAGAUUGAUGUGGCUUUUAGGUUGUUGAAUAAUUCGAUUGAAGAUGGACAUAAGCCGUUUCCUGGUUUAUAUGCGGCAAUUAUUAAGGGAAUGUGUAGGAAAGGGCUGUUUGAUGACGCGUUUUGUUUUUUCGGUGAAAUGAAGGUGAAGGGCCAUCCUCCGAAUAGGCCUGUUUAUACCAUGUUGAUUACUAUGUGUGGACGUGGAGGGAAAUAUGUUGAAGCUGCUAAUUAUCUGUUUGAGAUGACAGAGAUAGGUUUGACGCCGAUUUCAAGGUGUUUUGAUAUGGUUGCCGAUGGGUUGAAGAAUUGUGGGAAACAUGAUUUGGCUAAGAGGAUUGAACAAUUGGAAGUGUCCGUUUCUGGCUUAUGAUUAUAGCAACUUGAAGAGCAUUGAUCUCACUCUUUGGUCAAAAGGUACUACUUUGAGCUGAUUGCUGGUAGAAAUGAUGCCUGAGACUGAACAUUGGCCGACUUUGAGAAGGUGAUGGACUGUAGGAGCUCUAAUUAUAGGAGCUCGUCUCAACAGGUUUGAUGCCAUUGAUAGCAAACAGAUAUCUUGGAAGCGUCUAGCAUCGAGGGUAGCGGCUAGGAAUGCGGAGGAAAGCUGUAAGAAAAAACAGCAACCUUAAUUUCUUGAAUCCCUGCUAGUGUUGUUGCUUUGUGGAGUAAAUUUUGCAUUAGGAACAAGCGCAUUUUGGUUGCUGAGUUGCUAAAUUAGCCUAUAUUUUUGCAGAAGCUGUCACCUAUGUUAUCUGAAAAUUGCCUCCUAAUAAAAUUAUCCAUCUAGUUUCUUUA